AUGAUUAGCGCUCGGCAGUGGCAAUCACUUAAUCCUCUUCACCAGUUUAAGAAAAUACCCUCAGAGGUUGUUCGAAGCAUCGACAAGAAGAAUCUUUCAUUUGAACGUUUAUAUGAUCUUGAUCAACAUCAGCUCGGCGAGCUGGUGAAAAUGCCAAAAAUGGGCAAGCCCUUAUACAAAUUUAUCCGUCAGUUACCGAAAUUAGAUAUGACAGCACUAAUUCAACCCAUAACGCGAUCGACUUUGAGAAUUGAACUAACAGUUACACCCGAUUUUCUGUGGGAUGCUCGUGUGCAUGGGACGGCUGAAGGAUUUUGGAUAUUUGUUGAGGAUGUUGAUGGAGAACUGAUUCUACAUCACGAAUAUUUCCUUCUAAAGCAAAAGUUUUGCGACGAUGAACAUUUGGUGAAAAUGUUCGUACCAGUAUUCGAUCCGCUGCCACCGUUAUAUUUUAUACGCAUAGUUUCUGAUCGUUGGCUUGGUAGCGAAACUGUUUUACCUAUAUCGUUUCGACAUUUAAUCUUGCCCGAAAAAUAUCCACCGCCAACCGAAUUAUUGGAUUUGCAACCGUUACCUUUGUCAGCCUUAAACAAUAAGCUUUUCCAGUCAGUAUUCGAACAAAAAAACAUUUCCGUAUUCAAUCCCAUUCAAACACAAGUUUUUCGAACUGUUUAUGAAGGUAACGAUAAUGUGUUCAUUGGUGCACCACAUGGAAGUGGUAAAAGUGUUUGUGCUGAGUUCGCUAUUCUUCGGCAUUUUGAUAAUAGGCCUGAUGCGAAAGCUGUUUACGUGACACCAAUGGAAGAUUUGGCCGAAAAAAAAUUCAUUGAUUGGCAAGAACGAAUUGGAGCUGCACUAGAAAAAACAGUUGUUAUGUUGACUGGCGAACCAUCUACUGAUUUGAAGUUAUUACAACGAGGACAGUUGAUUAUAGCAACACCAGAAAAGUGGGACAAUGUUAGUCGACGCUGGAAACAGCGAAAAAAUGUUCAAGCUGUGCGGUUAUUUAUCGUUGACGAUCUUCAUAUGAUUGGAAGCAGUAACGGGCCAGUACUAGAAGUAAUUUGUUCACGUAUGCGCUAUAUGUCGUCACAGUUAGAUUCAACAGUUCGAAUUGUUGCUCUUUCAUCAUCAUUAGCCAAUGCCAGAGAUGUUGGACAGUGGCUUGGUUGUUCUUCACAGGCUACUUUUAAUUUUGCACCAAACUGUCGACCUCUUCCAUUAGAACUUUUUAUACAGGGUUUUAAUUUAUCACAUACCGCCUCUCGAUUGGCAGCAAUGGCACGACCGGUUUAUGCAGCAGUUGUACGGCAUGGUGGUAAGUUGCGCCCACGUCCUGCACUUGUUUUUGUGCCUAGCAGACGGCAGUCGAGAUCAACUGCUGUCGAUAUGCUCACAAUGGCACAUGCUGAUGGACAGUCAAAGCGAUUUUUGCACAUUAAUCCACAAGAACCAAGUUUUGUUCGAUUGCUAGAUAAUGUUCAGGAUAAAACUCUAAAAGAAACAUUAUCUUGUGGAGUAGGUUUUAUACAUGAAGGUACAGGUGUCAAAGAUAUGGCCGUUGUGGAACAACUUUUUCAAAGUGGUGCAAUUCAGGUUUGCAUUGUUCCACGCACAAUGUGCUACCAAAUUUCUAUGAGUGCAUACGUUGUGGUUAUUAUGGAUACACAGUUUUACAACGGAAAGUACCAUGUCUAUGAAGAUUAUCCAGUAGGUGAUGUUUUGCACAUGGUUGGACUGGCGAAUAGACCCGGAAUUGAUGAUGAUGCAAAAUGCGUUCUUAUGUGUCAAUCUUCAAAAAAGGAUUUUUUCAAAAAAUUUCUUUAUGAACCACUUCCUGUUGAAUCACAUUUGGAUCAUUGUCUUCAUGAUCAUUUUAAUGCUGAAAUUGUGACUAAAACGAUCGAAAAUAAACAAGAUGCGAUCGAUUACCUUACAUGGACUUUAUUAUACCGACGUAUGACACAGAAUCCGAAUUACUACAAUUUGCAAGGUGUAACGCAUCGCCAUUUAUCAGACAGCCUUUCCGAAUUAGUAGAAAAUACGUUGAAAGAUCUGGAGAAUUCAAAAUGCAUUACGAUUAAGAACGAUAUGGACACACAGCCGCUCAAUUUGGGAAUGAUUGCAGCUUACUACUAUAUAAGUUAUACAACAAUCGAAGUGUUCAGUAUGUCUUUGAGCGCGAAAACCAAAUUACGAGCUCUUAUUGAAAUUAUCAGUAACGCGAGCGAAUUUGCAAACAUGCCAAUACGUUACAAGGAAGAUAUUUUGUUGAAACAGCUGGCUGAUCGAUUGGCAGGCCAACAAAAACAUCAAAAGUUUACAGAUCCUCAUGUCAAGGUUAAUUUAUUGAUGAACGCUCACUUAGCUCGCAUACAAUUAUCAGCUGAGCUGAAUAAAGACACAGAAGUUGUUAUUCUUAGAUCAAUUCGUCUGGUACAAGCUUGCGUUGAUGUUUUAAGCAGCAAUGGCUGGUUGAUGCCGGCAGUUCAUGCAAUGGAACUAUCACAAAUGUUAACGCAGGCGAUGUUCACCAGUGAAUCAUAUUUGAAGCAAUUACCUCAUUGUUCGGCUUCCUUACUUGAACGUUGUAAGGAAAAAAAAAUAUCGUCAAUAUUUGACUUGCUGGAUUUGGACGAUGACAUCCGGCAAUCACUUCUACAAAUGACUCCAGCAGAAAUGUCGGAUGUUGCUCGAUUUUGCAAUCAUUAUCCUAGCAUUGAAGUUGAACACAAAAUUGAAAAUAAUGGAAUUAUUACUGUAGGUGAUACAAUAAACGUUACCGUCGAAAUGGAACGUGAAAAUGAUUUGAAUGGAAUGGCUCCACCCGUAGUGGCACCCCUUUUUCCGCAGAAACGGAAAGAAGAAGGAUGGUGGUUGGUUAUUGGUGAUCACUCUUCCAAUACUCUGUUUUCUAUAAAAAGGUUAACAGUGCAUCAAAAAGCGAAAAUGACGCUUGAUUUCACUGCACUGGCAGCAGGAAAGAUGCAUUACAAAUUAUAUUUCAUUUGUGAUUCAUACUUGGGAGCUGACCAAGAAUUCGAUCUCAAAUUUCGUGUGGAAGAAGCUGGACGUAGUCGGAAGCGAGCUCGCGACGAAGAGUAA